AUGGCCUCCGUCCUCGUCCCCGUCCUCUACGUUAUCAUCGUCUUUGGUUCCCUCUUCGCAUUCAGCUCGUUCUACCGGCGGAGGAACGCCCGCAAAACAUUCGAACCCUACUUCCCUCAGCAUCAUGAGCGUGAUGUCUAUUUCUCUCUCCUCCAGAUGACCGACCCUCCCGCCCCCGAGACCCUCCUCAAGGCCGCGCUCGUCCGCCGCGCGAUGACCGAUGUUACGCGUAUAAUGCGACUCCGUGAGGACAAGCCCGCACUCCAGAAUCUCCUCCAGAAAGGAUCCAUUGGCGACGACCUCUGGAACAGUCUGCUUGCUGCCGAGAAGGAGCUCGAGGCCGAGAUCCUCGAGGUCGCCGCAGAGGCCAACGCGUACGUCGAGGGAUGGGGCACCGUCAUCUUCCAGACCGCGACCGAGAUGAUGCACAACGAAAAGCUGCGUACCCUCGUCGAGCAGAUCCCCACUAUCCGAGCCGAAGCCGAACUGAAAUACGGCAAGUUCCCGCUACCGCAACUGGUAGUCCAAGCACCUCCUGCGCCGGGCUCCCCCGCAUCCGCACAAGCCUCCCUCUCGCCAUCGAACCCAGCACGCCCCACAACACCGCUGUCCUCCCGGACGAACGGUGCUAGCCUCGCACCGCCCAGUGCUGGCGCUGAAAGCGACGCGCUCAGCGGCAGUGAACGCUCGGCGUCGCCCACGUCGCCACGUUCCCCGUCGAAAUCUGUACGCUAA